CGGAAAGUGACGCGGAGCUCAUCUGGCUCUCUUGGUUGAUCUGACAGCAUCUUUCUUGCCAUCACCUUAUGCGAUAACUCCUCUCUGUUGACGAAAACCCAAGGCGGCUCUGGACAUGGAACGAUAGCCCCUCGAAUUCUACCGGAGUACCAAGUCCGCCACGAGAUCCCCACGAGCGCCACGAGUAUUACUUCCGUACCGGCAGGAUGGCUAUGAAUAGGAUGAGGAAUGCGUUCGCGCCUCCGCGAAAGGGAGAGACCUUCGAACUCCGGGCUGGACUUGUAUCACAAUAUGCCUACGAGCGCAAGGAAGCCAUUCAAAAGACGAUCAUGGCGAUGACCCUGGGCAAGGACGUGUCGGCAUUGUUUCCAGAUGUUCUCAAGAACAUCGCAACGGCGGACCUCGAUCAGAAGAAGCUGGUCUACUUAUAUCUCAUGAAUUACGCAAAAUCGCAUCCCGACCUCUGCAUCCUCGCCGUCAACACAUUCGUACAAGACUCCGAAGACCCCAACCCUCUGAUCCGUGCCUUAGCAAUUCGCACAAUGGGCUGCAUAAGAGUUGACAAGAUGAUUGACUAUAUGGAGGAACCACUGCGGAAGACUCUGAGCGACGAAUCACCAUAUGUCCGCAAAACUGCUGCGAUCUGUGUUGCGAAACUCUUCGACCUGAACCCGGCCAUGUGUUUAGAAAACGGAUUUCUUGAAAGAUUACAGGAACUGAUUGGUGAUCCUAACCCAAUGGUGGUCGCCAACUCCGUUCAGGCGCUGGCAGAAAUAGGUGAAUCAGCGCCCGAGACGAACGCUCUGCAAAUCACCCCAAACACGUUGAAGAAGCUGCUUAUGGCACUCAACGAAUGCACGGAAUGGGGCCGAGUGACCCUUCUCAGCACGCUGGCUGAUUACAAACCUCAAGAUGUCAAAGAAGCAGAGCAUAUCUGUGAAAGAGUGGCUCCCCAAUUUCAGCACGUCAACUCCAGUGUUGUCGUAUCUGCAGUCAAGGCCGUCUUUCUGCAUAUGAGACAUCUACCUCUCGACACGCAAAAGUCAUACCUCAAGAAAAUGGCCCCGCCUCUUGUCACACUUGUCUCCUCAGCACCUGAAGUCCAGUAUGUGGCGCUGCGAAACAUCGACCUUUUACUUCAAAAACAGCCCGACAUCCUCAGCAAAGAGAUACGAGUCUUCUUUUGUAAAUACAACGACCCUCCCUACGUCAAAUUCCAGAAACUCGAGAUCAUGGUACGACUUGCGAAUGAGUCCAACGUGGACCAGCUGCUCGCCGAACUGAAAGAAUAUGCCCUGGAGGUGGAUAUGGAUCUCGUGCGGCGGGCUGUUAAAGCUAUCGGACAAGUCGCCAUUAAGAUCGAGAGUGCAAGUGAAAGAUGCGUGAAUGCCCUUCUGGACUUGAUCAACACCAAAGUCAAUUAUGUGGUUCAGGAGGUCAUCGUUGUCAUCAAAGACAUUUUUCGGAAAUAUCCCGGCUACGAAGGGAUCAUACCAACCUUGUGCAAAUGCAUAGAUGAACUGGAUGAGCCAAAUGCCAGGGGCUCGCUAAUAUGGAUUGUGGGCGAGUAUGCUGAGAAAAUAAGCAACGCCGGUGACAUCCUCGGUGGAUUUGUCGACGGCUUUUCGGAAGAGUUCACGCAGACGCAGCUGCAAAUUCUGACUGCAGUGGUCAAAUUGUUCUUAAAACGGCCACAGGCCGCGCAGGGGCUUGUUCAGAAGGUCCUCCACGCAGCAACAGCCGAAUCUGACAACCCAGAUAUUCGGGAUCGAGCUUAUGUCUACUGGCGACUACUUUCCAACACAAUCGAUCAAAAUGCACCCAAGAAUAUCAUCCUCUCCGAAAAGCCACCCAUUACAACCACUAUCGAAUCAUUACCUCCGACGCUCCUUGAAAGACUACUCACAGAACUCUCGACGCUUGCUUCGGUAUACCACAAACCACCCGAGCAAUUCGUUGGUCAAGGCCGCUUCGGUGCUGAUGCUGUGCAAAGAGCUGCCAUCGAGGAGCAAAUGCAGAACGCAAGAGAAAAUCCUUUGGCGGCGGCGGCUGCAGCUGCAGCAGUGCAAGGCAAAGUCCCUGAAGCACAGAACAACAUGGAGAAUCUACUUGAUAUUGACUUCGAUGGUGCUGCUCCAGCCUCGGUGUCGGAAAAACCGGCAAACGGUCUAUCCGGUCUCGAAGGCUUGGCCGGGACACCGCAACGAGUUGACUCGCCAGCAGUUGGUCAGCCGCCUGCUGCCAACAAUAUGGACGAUCUCCUUGGCGUUUUUGGUAAUGGCGAAUCCUCCACGAUGCCUAACACUUCAGGCUUUGCUGCGAUGUCUGAUAGUGAUAUCAUGAAUGGCUUUGCAUCGAUGGAUUUAUCGGGUUCCCAACCGCCACCACCGAAACAACAACUUGAUAACGCAAGCGGAAAGAAGACGAAUGAGGAUCUGCUCUCAUUAUUCUAGCUGCGAGGUAAAGCCAGAGAAUUGUCUACGCCUGAUAAGACACCAUCCUUUGCCAUUAUCAGUUGUUAACAACUUGUCGCUUGGCGAUCCAUCAAGACACUUUUGAAGCGACCGAGUGUUAUCUGGAGCUGCGUUUGCCCAUCUGCACAACUCACUGCUUCUUUACCCAUUGAGACGAGCACAUUGCGCGUGUAGGCACAAGCCAUUGCAGGCUCACGCAAAAUGUGGAUGGAGCAUUACUGUGCUUGGAUAACUCACGACUUCACUCGAUUCGCGACGGCUCAACUUUGUGCGCUUGAGAAGUCCUACUGAGCCUGUUUCAGCACCAUAUACGCAAUUGUCUUGUGGCAAACCAGGCAUUCGAGUACAAAAUUAUGAAGUUGCAGACUAUAUUGGGGAGCAGAUUUCCUCGUCCCUGGUCGCUUUCUGGAUUUCGAGACCUACGAGCUGCACCAGGCGCACCGAAGGAAGAGUAUAUACAGAUUAUGUUCUCUGGAUGCUCUUUCCUGAAUAGUAAUUUGCCGAUUGGGAGGACUCUUUCGAAGACAUAGUGCUUUUCCGCUCAGAGAUGAGUGUGCGAAUAUCUUGUCUUCAUCGGCAUCAGGAAUUUCCUGCGGUGCCGAGAUCAGCCAUAGACUUUCGACGUAGGAGCAGGAGGAAGUGUUGGGGAGAUGACACGAAGUUAGUCAAAACGUAGCUUUCCAAUGCGACAAUCAGAGCGUAUGAUGUGAGAAAGGCCAACGACGGUUCUGGGAUAUUCUGAGCCUGUACCUCGCAAUCUGAAUUGCGAACCUGUCAAGUCAAGUCAACUCAAAAGUGCAUAAUCCAAGUAGCAUGUCGCAAUAAUAGGAGAGGCAACACGGUCGAAAGUCC